AUGCGGGGAUGCAUGGCAGUCGCUGCCUACCAGCUCUCCUCGUUCAGCGGAGCCCUCGAUUGGAGCACAGUCGAGCUGAAAGCGUCAUCGCCCGCGCAAGUCUCCGCGCAAGUCUCCGCGCGUUCACCGCAGCUUUCCGCGAGUGUUCCAUUGGUGAAGUGGCUUCCGCCUUCGCCGCGGAAAGAGCUUCCGCAAAUUACUCCCCAUCCUUCGUCGCAACCCGCCUACCGACGGAUUCCCGCCUUCGCCGUCUGUGCUGCGCCGCGCGCUAGACCCGCCGCAUCUGCCGCUAGGCCCGCCCCGACUGACGGCUACCGCCUGCUGCCCGCCGCGCCGUGUCUUGCGGAGGACUCCGCCGCCGUGCCGCACGCGCGAAUGGACGACGCCGAGGCCGCGGAGAAGCCGGGUGACGACGGGCGGGACUGCGGGGCGUUGAGCGCAGAAAUGGGAGAGAAAAUUAAUAGCGCGGAGAGAGUAGAGCGGAAAGCGGGUUGCGCGGAGCGGACGGAGCAGCUGGAAGCGGAGGGAGCGUGGCGGUUACCCGCGCGACUGGAGGAUGGCGGGCGCUCGCUGCUGCGGAGAGUACGGCAAAGGGGGUGCCCGCCAUACAUGCGCAACGACGUGUGGCCACUGCUGCUGGGCAUCCAUGCAUUGAGCAGCACGGAGGAGGAGCGAGCACAACAGCGCAGGGCGCACGGGGCGUGCUACCACAAGCUACGCAUGUGCGCGCGCAUUCUCGCCAACCUGCACCGCCACCCGCCCUCCGACCGCGCUGCUGUCACCGCCGUCGUCUCCCAUGUCUGGACAACUGUCUCUGCCGCCCGCCCCACUCUCACUGCCGCCCAAGCUGCCUCACAUGCCCCCAUACAUGCUCCGUCACACGCGUCACUUGCACAUAGCUCUGCCUCACGACCGCGCCCUCACAUGCCAGGUAUCACCAGCCCUGGCAACCAACGCAGCAGCACAAGCAGCGACCCUUCAGGCGGCGAUGGCAAUGGGAACUGCGCUUCUAGCAGCACCGCCAGCAACGCGGAUAGCAGCAAUGGAGGCCACAACAUGAGUGGCAGCCCAAGCACCCCACCUCCUGCGCCCGCUGCGACCACAAGAGCCACCACUACCACCACCAGGAUCACCUCGCCCCUCCCUUCCCCCUCCCCCAUGCUAGCCCCCUCCCCAGCAGCAGCGCCUUUGGUGCUGCACGAUCCCGUGGCUCUGCUCUCUGACUAUGGUGAAUGGCAGCGUGCCAUCCGCCUCGAUGCCAUGCGCCUCAGCGCGCAGUGGGACCCCUUCUGGGGCACCGGCGAUGGGGAUGAGGGAGGGUCCGGCAGUGGAGAGGUUGGAGUGGCGCGGAGGCGGGACGGAGGGGGAGAUAGAGAGCCGAGCGGGGCAGGAGGAGGGUUAGGGGAGGAGGAGGGGCUGGUGAGUCACACCCCAGCACAGCAGAUGCAUGUGGCACGGGUGGUGGCACUGCUGGAAGCAUACACCCUCGUGGAUCCCGAGGUGGGGUACUGCCAGGGCAUGUGUGACGUGGCAGCGCCCUUCGUCGCCACUAUGGCUGACAACGCCGAUGCGUUUGCAGCCUUCUUUGCGUUCAUGCAUGGCCGCUGGUGGAGCACCGAGGGCAGCUGCAGCACCAACCAUGCUGGCCCAUCGAACCGCCAGCUUCUGGGGUCGCGCUGUCCGCCCGCCUCCUACUCUCCCUUCCCCUCCUCGGCCGCCGCCUCCUCCACCACCUCCGCACACCCCGCACAGAGAUGGAGCCCCAAGUCACAAGGCGGGGUGCGCAGGUUGGGAGCCGCCAUUGUGCCCUCGCCCCACUGCCACCAGCGGUUGCAUCAACAGCAGCUGCAGCAGCAGCACCAACAACAGCAACAGCAGCUGCAGCAGCAGCAGCAGCAACGACAGCUGCAGCAGCAGCUGUAUCCCCAUCAGCGUAUGCACCAGCAGCAUCAGCAGCAGCAUAGCGGUGUGCACUGGUCUCCCGGUGGUGGGAUGGGCACACCUGGGUACAUUGCAGACAGGAGGGAUAGGAGCGCGGUCAAUGGUUCAGUGGGUGGUUCGGGUGUGUGCAAUACUGGUAGCAGCAGCCUCAACUGCCGAUCCAUCCAUGACAGCAAGGCUGACAGCAGCAGACGGGGGGUGAGCUUGCAUGGAGAGGCACUUCACCAUUCACCACGUCCCUCCGCCAUGCCUUCUCCACUCACCCCACCCCCCCGAGCCACCUCUCUCCACCACUCCACAACCACCCCAGUGCGCCCUCUCCCUCCUCCUACACUCUCCUCCUCCCCCUCUCGGCCGUCCCCCCCUGACUUGCACGGCAUGCGUCUCAACUUCCUGCUGGACGAGUCAGGCAUUCACCGCCAGCUCGCAGCGCUGGGCCGCAUUCUCCGCCUCGCCGACCCCGAGCUGCACGGGCAAGUGAGGGACAUGGGCGGCGGGGACUGUCUGUUUGCGUACCGCAUGGUGGUGGUGGGCAUGCGGCGGGACCUGCCCCUGCCGCAGACGCUCAUGCUCUGGGAGGUGUGCUGGGCUGACUCCCUCGCUGCUGCCUUGGCGCCAGGGGGUCACGAGGAGGGGGGGGAGGAGCAGGUGGAGGAGCAGGCGGAGGAGCAGGCGGAUAAAUAUCAGGAAGAGAGGAAGCAGCUAGUGGGCCUGGCAGGGGUGAGUGAUGAGAAGCUGUGGAUUAAUGAGUUGCCUAGGUGUGAUGAUCAUAAGGAGAACAUCAGUGCAGCGGUUUGCAUGGAUGGGAGGAGUGGGUAUGGCAGCGGGCAGCAAAGGGUGGGCACAGCUCUCGUAAUCCAUGGGGGAAAGGCAUGUGCAACAAGUGAUUCUUGUGUGGAUGGAAAUGGGCCACAGUGCAGUGCGCCUGUGGUCUCCCAAUGUCUUUCGGACAAGGUGCAAGUACAGGAUGAGCAGCAGAAUGGCGAUUCUGAUGAUGGAGGGGAAGAGGAGUUGGGACCACCAACAGGAAGCCUGCUUUUGUUUGUGAUGGUGGUGCUUAUAUGUUCGCAAAGGGAAGCUCUUCUGGAAUGUGAAGGGCUGGAUGAGGUUCUGCUGCUCUGCCAUGCUCAUCUCUACCUUCCCUCCAAGACCACGCUCCUCGUUCGGCUUCUAGUAGCAGAUCGCAUCACGCUCCGAGGCGCGCGAAAGGCCAUGGCACACCGUGAGCCGGCAGCGCGGCACGCGGUCGUGCUGGCAGCCAUCGUGCUGUGGCUGUGCGCCAGCCCCGCAUCAGCCGCUGACUGGGAAUCCCUGAAGAGCGUACUGGAUCCAGCAGGAUCUGUGCUAACCACCUGGACCAAUCAGCAGGAUCCCUGCUCACCCGCUCCCUUCCUGGGCGUGCGGUGCGACGCGAGCAACAACGUGGUGGCGGUGGAUUUAGCGAACCGCAACUUGGGCGGGCAGGUGCCGGAGCAGCUGGUGCAGCUGUACGGCGUCACGACCGUCAACCUGCAGGGAAACGCGCUCACGGGAUCGCUGCCCUCGUCGCUCAACAGUCUCGCGAAUCUCCAGGCGCUUCUCCUUUCCUCUAACCAGCUCGCCGGGCCGCUGCCCGAGCUGUCGUCGCUGUCGCAGCUGACCAUGCUGGACGUGUCGCACAACCAGCUGCAGGGCUCCAUUCCCGACUGGAUCUCCGACCUCUCGCAGCUGAAAUACCUCGAGCUGAACUCGAACCGCUUCAAAGGCUCGCUCCCCGAGUCGCUCUCCGAUCUCACGACGCUGCGCGAUCUGCACGUGGACGGCAACAAGCUCACGGGCAAGGUCUCCCCCUCGCUCGCCUUCCUCUCCGCCACCGGCGCAUCCUUCAACUUCACGCAGGGCCCCGGCGGCGCGCUCUGCGGUCCCCCGCAGCUGGGCCUGCCCCCCGACUGUGCCGCACCGUCCUCCCCCGCCCCUCCCGCCGCUGAUCCCGGCUCGUCGAACCCGGCCACUCCUCCACCCGCCAACACUCCCAAAACUGGCUCUGACCCCCCCGCUGCCGCCGGCAAUGGCGAUCCAUCGUCCACCGCCGCGUCUCCCGCCGCAUCUCCCGCUGAUAACUCCUCGAGCAAUUCGACGGCACCGUCGGGCGGGUCGAGCCCGGUGGUGGUGAUAGUAGCGGGCGUGCUUGUGGGGCUGGCGGUGCUGCUGGCGGUAGCCAUCGGGCUGCUGCUGUGGCGCAUGGGAUGGUGCGGGCGGCGCAAGGGCGCGCGUACGCAAUCCGGCGCUGCGUACUCGCGGCCUCCUAAAGACGCCGCCGAGGUGCGCCUUAACAUAGUAGACGGGCCAUUCCAGACUAGUAAAGCAGCAGCCGCAUCUGGCGGCGCGAUCGACGCCGCGAAGCACGGGGAGGACCAGCCGCUCACCGCACCUCCAGUGACCGUGAUCCCCAUUGCAGCCAAUAAGACGGCUCCUGAUACCGCCCCGUGGACAUCUGACGUCGGACCGUUGCCGUCGUCACGGCUUUCCUCCGCCACGUUGCCGCCGUUACCUCCCCCGCCCUCCACGGCACUCAGCGGAACGCCGAGCGCAAGCAGUGCGGGUGGCGGGGACGAAAGCGGAGCGCCGGUGGGUAGCUACGCGGCUGUAGUGGCGGUGACAGCAUCGGCAGCGAGCUCUGGGGGGAGGUUUGGGGGAUGGGGGAAGAAGCGGGGGAAAGCGGAAGAGGGGGCGGCGGAGGGCGAGAGUGUGAGAGCGAGCGAGGAGGCGGAGCGGAACGGGGAAGGUGAGAGCAGUGGCGACGACGCGCGCGAUGAGUUGCGUGCUGCGCCGGUCAGCCUUGCCGCUGCAACGACUGCUGCCAUCACCGCCGCCGCUCCUGCUGCGUCUGCGCGCGCUGAUAGCGCUGCGGCGGUCCCCUCAGCUAGUGAAGCCCACUGCGCGGAGUCACCAUCGUCAUCGUCGUCGGCGGAGCUCUCCGCGGGCGCCGCCGCCCCCUCCGCCGUCGCAGCGGCAGCCGCGGGCGUGGCGAGCGCAGAAGGCGAGGAAGAGGAGGGGAGCGAGUGCAGCAGCGGCAGCGGGAGGAGCGGAACUUCUUCCGAAGGCAGUCGCGGUAGUGCGACCAACGCGAAAGACGGCGAUGGUAACUGUAGUGCGGCGGAGAGCAGCAUUGGCAAGGCGGGCGCGGGUGCAGGUGCGGGCGGGGGGCCGACGAGCGGCGCAGCGGAGAGCAGCAGCAGCCAGAGCAGGAGCAGAAGCUCAGGUACAACGGUCAGCAGCGCCGCUGCCGCCGCUGUGUCGAGGCUGCUGGGGCGAUGGAGGCAGUCGCACAAGGAGCAGCAGGGCGCGGGUAACGCGAACGCUCUGCCGCACGAGGCGCAAGGGGAGGAAGGAGCGGGAAGCGCGGCGGAAGGGGCGGAGCGGAAGGAGGAUGUGGAAGAGGAGGCUUCGAGUAGCGAGGAGAGCGGGGAGGAGGUGGACGGGGGAGGAGGUGACGAGGCGGAGAGUGCGGCGGAGCAGAGCGCGCAGCAGCCCGCGGAGAGCAGCGGCGGCGAGCGGGUCAGGAGCCUGCCCUCGUGGGCUGCUGCCGCCAGAACCGGCGCUGCUCCCGCCGCCGCCACCGCCACCGCACUUGGCGCUUCUGCGACGGCGGCAGCAGGGCAGGCAGGAGGAGCGCAAGAACCAGCUAGCCCUGUGAUAGCUCCGCGGACCAAUCAAGGCGUGCCACCUGUGCUGUCGCCGAUGCAGCAUCCUCCCGUGAUCAUCCCGCCCGUUGUUCCUCUCCCCUCGCUCCGCUCGCUCCCCGCCGCGUCGCGCUCCUCCGCCGCUGCCGCCGCCAUGCCCCGAGUGUCGUCCGCAUCAGGCGCAGCAGGGGCGAGGGCAGCCACUACGUCGCCGCAGCAGCCGCAAGCAGCGCCGCAUCUUCCGCUCGACGACACACUCCGGCUGCCCCCUUCCGCCGCCGCCGCAGCUGCAGACCCGCUGCCGCCUCCGCCUGGCCUCACCCCGUCAUCGACGCCAGCGGCGACGUUGGCGGGCCUCCGCCCCGCGUACGGCGCGGCGGGGAGGGCGCUGAGAGCGGCGGACGUGGAGGAUGCGGAGGACAGGCGGGCGGGCGACAGGGGGGAGAUGGGCGCAGGUGGUUCCGCUGCUUCCGCCGCCGGUGCUCAUGCCGCAGACCUGCCGCUGCCCCCGAUGGCGAGAAUCAACGGCUCGGAUGGCAUCGCGACGCAAUCCGACGACGGCAGUGUCGCGGGGAGCGGAGUGAGCGUGGGGGGAGAGUUGCGGUGGUUCUCUGUGAGCGAGCUGGCCAUGGCCACGAACGAAUUCGGGCGCAACGCGCAGCGCAACGUGGUGGGCACGGGGCGGUACGGCACGGUGUACCGCGCGCGACUGGCGGACGGCAGCACGGCGGCCGUGAAACGAUUGACGCAGUACAAUCCCGACCAGACCCCCCGCGAGUUCCGCUUCGAGGUGGAGACACUGGCGACGCUGCGCCACCCCAACCUCAUUGCGCUCAUCGGCGGGUGCUGCGCGGAACCCGCGGACUGCGGUUCCGCGGGGGGCGCGGAGCGCAUGCUCGUCGCGGAGUACGCGGUGAAUGGCGAUCUGGACACGUGGCUGCAUCCUGACGACGCCACGCUGGCAGCCAACGCGGGCGCGCAGAUGGAGGCCAUUGAUUGGCCGAUGAGGAUGCACGUGGCCGUGGGAUGCGCGAAAGGUCUGGCGUACCUGCACGACGUGCGAGUGGUGCACAGCGAUGUGCGAGCAGCCAACGUGCUGCUGGACCACCGCUGCGACGCGCGCCUCUGCGACUUUGCCUUUGCACGCAUCGUGGGCAGCGACCCCAAGCACGCCUCCGCGCGCCACGCUCUGCGCUCCUUCGGGUACAUGGCGCCAGAGUACAUGAACACGGGCGUGCUGACGGAGCGCAGUGACGUGUACAGCUUCGGCGUGCUGCUGCUCGAGAUCAUCACGGGGCGACGCCCCAUCGACAGCCAGCGCUCCUCGCACGAGUCGAACCUGGUGAAGUGGGCGAAGCAGAUGGCGGGCGAGGGGCGGUUCUUAGACAUGGUGGACCCGCGCCUGUGUGCGCCGGACAUGGGCGGCACGGCAGCGGUGCCCGUGGCGAUCGAGGACGCCACGUACGUGGUGGGCGUGGCGCUGCGCUGCCUGGAGCCCAACGCACUCAAGCGCCCCAAGAUGAAGCAAGUCGUGCACAUGCUCGAAAGCGAGGACCCCUGCCUGAGGGAGGACUGGGUGGCAAGGCGGCCAUCAGUCACCCCCCGUGCGGUGCGCGACACAAGCCCCUCAUGGUCCGCUGCACGAGCUUUCACCGACUCAGCAGCGCGCACCAGCCCGCGCUUCGCCCUCUCCUCCCCGCGCCACAUCGACCCCACAUCGCCCCUGACCGGCGCUGCAGCCACCGGUGCUGGCAGUGCGUAUGGUGGUGGUCUUGUCGCUCCUUCCGGGUCUGCUUCCUACCGCAAUGCGAGUCCCCGCAGUGGCUUCUCCCCCACAGCUGCCAGCCCCAAGGCCGCUGACAUCGGCAGCAUGAUCACGAGUGCUGCUCUGCGUGGCAACAGCCCCCACCACGCUGGGAACAACAUGGGCAACAUGGGCAUGGUCACUCCCACACACAGUGCUGCUGCUGCGGCUGCUGCUGCGGCUGCUGCUGCUGCUGCAGGCCACAGCCCCACUGCUCCCUCCCACGGCUCCUCCUCCUCCUCGCCCUUCCACACAGCAGCAGGGCACCACCCCAGCACGUCCCCGUACAACCACCACCACCACCACGCGCACUCACACGGGUCUGCAGCAGGAGCGGCAGCCAUGGCAGCAGCAGGGGGGUAUGGGCAGAGCCCCCCACCGUACGGGCUGCAGUCGGGCAGCCCUGCAUCAGCAGCAGGGGCGUAUGGGCAGAGCCCUCCGCGCUUUGGCCAGAGCCCUCGAGCAGCGGCUUUUCUUGCAGGCGUUGGGGCAGGCAGCGCAGGGGGCGGCGCCAGCGCUGGUGCACCAGGGAGUGGUGGUUAUGCAGCCGGGGGAGGUUUGGGUGGGGGGAUGGCAGUUGGGGGAAUGUAUGGAGGCAUGGGAGCAGCAGGGGCGGGAGGGGUGUACGGGCAGAGUCCCAGAGCAACAGGCUACUACGGACAGAGCCCUAGAGCCGUGUCAGUGUAUGGUCAGAGCCCCACUGCUCCCUCGUACUACGGGCACAGCCCCACUGCUAGAGGGACAAGCCCCUCGGCUGCAGCAUCACGCGUUACGGCGUCGAGCCCUAGGGCUCUCAAUUAUGGGGAUGGCAGUGCAGGGAAUAUCAUUGCCAGCCAUGCUAUGAGCAUUUCCAGCCGUAGGAUGCCAUCGUGGAGUAGGAGAUAA